GGAAGAAGGUCGGUGCUGCUUGUGGGAAGACAUGUCGAGCUUCUCCAAGGCGACCCAGCAAUGGGCCACUUUUGCUCGGAUAUGGUAUCUCUUAGACGGGAAGAUGCAGCCUCCAGGCAAACUGGCUGCUGUGGCUUCAAUAAAGCUUCAGGGAUUGCACAAGCCCAUGUACCAUGAAAAGAGUGACUGCGGGGAUCACGUUGUCAUAAUGAACACAAGACACAUCGCAUUUUCUGGGAACAAAUGGGAACAAAAAGUAUACUCCUCUCAUACUGGCUACCCGGGUGGAUUCACACAAGUCACAGCUGCCCAGCUGCACCGGAAGGAUCCAGUGGCUAUCGUGAAACUGGCUAUUUAUGGCAUGCUGCCCAAAAACCUCCAGAGAAGAACUAUGAUGCAAAGACUGCACCUUUUCCCAGAUGAGGAGAUUCCAGAUGAUAUUCUGAGAAAUAUAGUAGAAGAGCUUCCUCAACCCCGAAGAGUGCCCAGACGUCUAGAUGAAUACACACAAGAAGAGAUAGACGCUUUCCCAAGAGUGUGGUCUCCGCCUGAAGAUUACAGGCUGUAAGAGGACCACGACUGCCAAGAACAGAGAAGAAACGGUUGGAGCAUCUUCUGAAGGAGUUUCUCCAAACCUGCAGGACCAAGUGACACAAAGGCUGCGUUUGACAGGUGACCUGUGACUUGUUGACAGUUGUGGGACAGGUCAGGCAGAGAGACUCCUUCAGCAGGAAAUUGCAGUGAAAUAAGAUUACUUUAUAAAGUUAUUUCCUUAUACCGCCUGGUUGGCACCUCUUAAGUGAUCACAAUAAAAUUGCUGACUGGCUUGAUUA